AUACCUGCUCGAACAAGACUUUCCAGGCAUGCGGAUUGGUCCAGAGCCUACCACGGAUUCUUUUAUUGCUGUGAUGUAUGGAGAUACAGAAGGAAAUGUUCCUGGAAAUGCCCUAGUUGUUGAUCCUAAGAAGCCGUUCCGCAAACUCAGCCGUUUUGGAAAUGCUUUCCUGAACAGGUUCAUGUGUUCUCAGUUACCUAACCAGGUACUGAAGAGCAUCAGUAUCAUCGACAGCCCUGGCAUUCUCUCUGGAGAGAAGCAGCGCAUCAGCAGAGGCUAUGACUUCUGCCAAGUUCUCCAGUGGUUUGCUGAGAGGGUUGACCGCAUCAUCCUCCUUUUUGAUGCCCACAAGCUGGAUAUAUCUGAUGAGUUUUCAGAGGCUAUUAAGUCAUUCCGGGGCCAGGAUGACAAGAUUCGAGUGGUGCUUAAUAAGGCUGACCAAGUGGACACGCAGCAGCUGAUGAGGGUCUACGGUGCGCUGAUGUGGUCCCUGGGAAAGGUGAUCAACACUCCAGAGGUGCUGCGGGUCUACAUUGGCUCCUUCUGGGCCCAUCCUCUCCGAAACACAGAGAAUCGAAGACUCUUUGAAGCCGAGGCACAGGAUCUUUUCAAGGAUAUCCAGAGCCUGCCGCAGAAGGCUGCUGUGCGGAAACUCAAUGAUCUCAUUAAGAGGGCAAGACUUGCAAAGGUUCAUGCUUAUAUCAUCAGCUAUCUGAAAAAAGAAAUGCCCUCUGUAUUUGGAAAAGAGAACAAGAAGAAGGAACUGAUCAGCAGAUUACCAGAGAUCUACAUCCAGCUGCAAAGGGAAUACCAUAUCUCAGCAGGGGACUUCCCCGAAGUCAAAAAAAUGCAGGAGCUGUUGGAGACUUGUGACUUCACUAAAUUUCAUUCUUUGAAACCAAAGCUAAUUGAAGCUGUGGAUAACAUGCUGGCCAACAAAAUUGCCUCCCUGAUGAGCCUGAUCAGACAGGAAGAGAGCAAUAUGCCCACAGAGAUCGUACAUGGUGGAGCAUUUGAUGGCACCAUGGCAGGACCUUUUGGCCACGGAUAUGGAGAAGGUGCUAAGGAAGGAGCUGAUGAAGACGAAUGGGUUGUUGCCAAAGAUAAACCUGCUUAUGAUGAGAUUUUCUAUACUCUGUCACCAAUCAAUGGCAAAAUAUCUGGGAUUAGUGCAAAGAAGGAGAUGGUGACUUCUAAACUACCCAACAGUGUCUUGGGGAAGAUCUGGAAACUUGCAGACUGUGAUGGCGAUGGGAUGUUGGAUGAUGAGGAGUUUGCAUUAGCAAAACAUCUCAUCAAGAUUAAACUGGAUGGAUAUGAACUGCCUGGCACACUACCUCCCCACCUGGUGCCACCAUCUCACAGGAAACCUUUGCAGACAGCAGAGUGA